AUGCGCGAGGGUGUGUUCACGAACGAGGCGGACGCGAGGGGCGCGAACGUUGGGCGCAUGUCGCGGUGGCUCGGGAGCACGCCCGCGCGCCAAAACAUGAUCGAGCGCUUCGCCCCGAGGCCGAGGAGCAUGUUGAGGCAGCCGCGCGCGAAGAGGGAGAAGGCGGCGACGAGCGUGAAGUUGUCGACGUGGUGCGAGAGCACGAGGCACUGGAAGAUUCCGAGCGCGCCGAGGCUGGAGGUGGGCCCGAGCACGGGGAAGAAGCGGUCGAAGAAGGCGGCGGGCCAACCGAUCUCAGAGAGGACGAGCACGACGACUUGGAAGAUGAUGAACAAGCGGUUGACGACCGCCCAGAAGACGCGCGCGGGUUGGUUUGGGACCGUGCUCCCUCUGUGGCGGCAGGUCAGAACGAGACAAGGUAGGGCCUUUCUCAAGGAGCUCGUCGCAUUUUUUGAACACAGUUUCGAGAGCGGGUGGUGA